CAGUAUUUAUUUAUUUAUUUCUUGUAAUAGAACGCACCCACCGGAUUAAGUUCCUUGUUAUUCUGGCCCAAAGUUUCCAUCUUUUACCUCACUUCUUUCUUCUUUUCUAUUUUUCUUUUUCGAAUCUUCUGCUAUCUUUCCAACCCUAAGUAACAUCUGUUUUCAUUAUUUCCCCUUUUUAUUUUAUUAUUUAGAUAUUAUUAUUUAUGUUCAUUUAAUUUUAAUUCUUUAAAUUUCGACUGCGACACCGGAGACGGUAGACUGAAACUUUGAACGUCGUCGUUUUUUUCUUCAAAGAAGGAAACAAAUUCAUGUGGUUUUGUUUGAUAUUAGUUAAGUAAAAGGAAAUGGGUUUCGCUGUAUCCGAUGAAUUGUUGGGAACUGUGGUUCCGAUUGUUGUGUAUUGGAUUUAUUCAGGAAUGUAUAUGUGUUUGGGGUCGUUUGAGAAUUAUAGAUUGCAUUCUAAGUCAGACGAGGAAGAGAAGAAUUUGGUCUCCAAACUAACUGUCGUUAAAGGCGUUCUUUUCCAGCAACUUCUUCAGGCUGCUGUCGCCAUCCUUUUGUUCACGGUCACAGGGGGUCAUGCUGGGGCUUCUUCUCAGCAGCCAUCUUCGUUUAUUGUUCUGGCUAGCCAGUUCGUUACAGCAAUGUUGGUUAUGGACACUUGGCAAUACUUUUUGCAUAGAUACUUCCACGAGAACAAGUUCUUAUAUCGGCACCUCCACUCUCGGCAUCACCGUCUUGUUGUUCCCUACGCAUUUGGAGCUUUGUACAAUCAUCCAUUAGAGGGGCUUCUCCUUGACACAGUAGGUGGAGCCUUAUCGUUUAUGCUCUCUGGCAUGUGUCCUCGGACCUCCAUCUAUUUCUUCUCUUUUGCCACCAUCAAAACAGUGGACGACCAUUGUGGGCUAAUGCUUCCUGGAAACCCACUUCAUAUUUUCUUUAGAAACAAUUCUGCAUAUCAUGAUGUCCACCAUCAGCUUUAUGGUAGCAAAUACAACUUCUCCCAACCAUUCUUCGUGAUGUGGGAUAGAAUUCUGGGGACAUGUAUGCCAUAUUCACUUGAGAAGAGAGCAGAAGGGGGCUUCGAAGCACGCCCAACUAAAGAGUUCAAAGAGGACUAAUAACUAGAUUGUGAGCAUAACAGUAUUUUUCUUUCUUUUAUUCAUCAUCAAUGAAACUACAGUCACCAUUUUGUUCUUGUGCUCUGCACUUCUAAUAUAUUUUUGUUUAUAGAAGUAAUAAUGAGAACCAUUAAUUAGUUAGAUCAGAUAAUUUGUUCAUUUAUGUCGUGUAUUGUACUUUUUUUUCAUCUGUCGUGUAAUAUACAUAUUAUAUAGAUUAUUGUACUAAAAGUUCCAGUACGAAUGUAAUACUCUCAUCUUUACCAUUUCAAA